AUGUCAAGUUUGGGUCGUUUACGUUUAAUAACCUUCGAUGUUACAAACACUCUGCUACAGUUUCGUUCGAGUCCCGGUAAACAAUAUGGUGAAAUUGGCGCCCUAUUCGGUGUUCGCUGUGACAACAAUGAUUUAGUGAAAAAUUUCAAAGCCAAUUGGCAAAAGAUGAAUCGACUGUAUCCAAAUUUUGGCAGAAACUCAGCCUUGUUGGAAUGGCAACAGUGGUGGAGAGAGUUAAUUGCUAACACAUUUGCCGAUAGUGGAGCACGUAUACCCGAAGAGAAAAUAGAAAAUUUCAGUAAACAUUUGCUAGAACUGUAUAAGACCUCAUCGUGUUGGCAGCACUGCAACGGCAGUGUUGAUCUACUCAACUAUUUGCGCAUGCAACAACAAUUGGGUGCACGAGAAAAUUCCAAUAGAGAACAACCUUUUGUUAUGGGGGUAAUUGCCAAUUUUGAUCCACGUUUGCCCAAAUUAUUGGGCAAUUUAAAAAUCGAUCAUUUUCUCGAAUUCGCACUCAACUCGUAUGACUGCAAAGUGGAAAAACCAAAUACGGAAAUAUUUGAUAUGGCUAUAAAGGCAUCUAAACUGAAGGAUCUCAAACCUGAACAGUGUUUACAUGUGGGUGAUGGACCCACAACAGAUUAUAUGGCUGCUAAAGCGGCCGGCUGGAAUGCUGCACUGGUGCAUGAGAAAAAUGCCGAUUAUUUAAUGCAAAAAUAUGGUGAAGAUAAAAUCGAUCCUAGCUAUGUAUUUCCCAGUUUGUAUGACUUCCAUAAGAAACUAGCCAAUAAUAGUAUAGUGUGGUAAAAAUUCAACAAUCAAA